UCCCAACCCAUUCAACGUCUUGCUUGUUAAAUCUUUAUUCGCUUCAAUCCUUAUUCUUUCUCUUCUCUGGUAAUUCUUCUGCCCUUAUUUGAUUAUACCUGUAUAGUACUAUCAUUUUUCAUAUCCUCCUAUCAUAUCAUAUCAUGGCCACCACACAACCUGCCCCUGCUGCCCGUAAACUCUGGGGUGGCCGCUUCACAGGCAAGACAGAUCCUCUUAUGGAAAAGUUUAAUGCCUCCAUCUCCUUUGAUUCCCGCUUCUACAAAGCAGAUAUCAUUGGAUCCCAAGCUUACGCCAAAGCCUUGGCCUUGAAAAAAAUCAUCACUGAAGAAGAAGCAGUCAAGUUGCAUGAGGGUCUCAACAGCGUGCUUGCAGAAUGGGAGGCCAACACUUUCCAACUCAAGGAUGGAGACGAGGAUAUCCACACUGCGAAUGAACGUCGCCUGGGCGAGAUCAUUGGUACACACAUCUCGGGAAAACUUCACACAGGACGUUCUCGUAACGACCAGGUGGCAACAGAUUUCCGUAUCUGGGUUCGUGAAGAAGGACGCAAGUUGGUGGUUGUGCUCAAGGAGUUGAUUGGGGCCGCUGUUGCCCGGGCAGAGGCUGAGAUUGAUGUGAUCAUGCCCGGUUAUACACAUUUGCAACGUGCACAGCCUAUUCGUUGGUCACACUUGAUUCUGUCUCAUGCUUGGUCUUGGCAUGCAGAUUGCCAACGUUUGGAACAACUGUUGGACCGUAUGAACCAAUUGCCACUGGGAUCUGGAGCUCUAGCAGGAAACCCAUUCCAGAUCGAUCGCGACUUCUUGGCCAAGGAGCUGGGCUUUGCUCGAUUGAUGCCCAACUCGUUGUAUGGUGUCAGUGAUCGUGACUUUGUGGCCGAGUUUUUAUUCUGGGCUUCAUUGACGAUGGUACACAUCAGUCGCUUUGCAGAGGACUUGAUCGUAUACAGUACAAGCGAAUUCGGCUUUGUCCAGCUUGCAGAUGCAUACAGUACUGGAAGCAGUUUGAUGCCCCAGAAAAAGAACCCAGACAGUUUGGAGCUGUUGCGUGGCAAGUCGGGUCGUGUGUUUGGAGGGAUGUCUGGUUUCAUGAUGGCCUACAAGGGCACGCCCAGUACCUAUAACAAGGAUCUACAGGAGGACAAGGAACCAGUCUUUGAUGCCUAUGACACAUUGAUGGGAUCACUCCAAAUUACAACAGGGGUUCUUUCGACCCUCAAGAUCAGGCCUGAGAAGAUGUUGGCUAGUCUGAGCACAGACAUGUUAGCGACAGACCUGGCUGAGUAUUUAGUUAGGAAGGGAGUUCCCUUCCGUGAGACCCAUCAUAUCUCGGGUGAGGCUGUUCGUUUGGCAGAGGAGCGCUCUUGCUCGAUGGCAGAUUUGACAUUACAAGACUUUAAGAAUCUGCAUCCUUCGUUUGAGGAGGAUGUGGUCAAGGUGUGGAAUUUUGAGCAGAGUAUUGAGAAUCGCUGCACACCUGGUGGUACCAGCCGCGUCACAGUUCAGGCACAGAUCGACAGCCUCAAGGCGUUUCUGCAGUAAACAAAAAGAGUAAAUAAAAAAAGUAAACGGAGU